AUAGGCUACAGAGAGGUAUGGUAUGCUGACAGAACUCCGGCAAACUAGAAGGGAGUAUGUAAUACAAGACUCACCGACAACCCGCCCGCGAAUAAAACAAGGGUAUCAACAAAUAUAAGAGGUAAAAUUAAGAUAUGACCGUAUUAACCAAUUCUAGAGAAAUUUACGUCCAUUUUAUAUGAGGAACAGUAUGGAAGAACACCGACGCCCAGGUAUACACGAUACACUAAGCUUCGUCUUUCCAGUUCACCAUAUGACGUCAGGGGCUUUUUAUAUAUACGUUACACACUAAUGCUAAACAAAAAUUCAAAAUUCAAUUGAAACCUCUUAAUCUUAAAAAUUAUGAAAACGAAAACUUAUCUAUUCGAAACGAAGUCAUAUAAUAAUUCACAAUUGAAAAAGUAUACUUAUGGGAUGACUAAUCAGCAUCGGCAUAAUAUUCUACCUCGAUGUAGGUGUUAGUCUCUUUUUUUGGUAUACCUUCAGCCGAGUAAGUAAAUACACAAUGGAGAUAUUUACGACCCUCGAAUCAUUACUCUGGCAGUAUACAUGAGAAAAUAGGAACCCAAAGCAUAUACAAGGUGAUAGUGCCAUACAGCGAAUACAUUGACCAUUAUGUCUAGCAGUAAAUUAAUAAGAUUAUCCCAUCGUACUCGGCACACUAAUAUUAAGGCUCCGAGAUGGACCCCGCGCGCGAGAUCCUUCGCAACUCAAACACCACCCUCAAUGGCUAUCCUCGAUGACUACCUGGAUACAGCGAAACCGCACUUCGCGCACAUCCCCUCCUCGCAGCUUUCCAUCACCGCAUUCCAUGACAGCCUCCCCGCCUACAACGACCCACUCACCAGCGCCUCAGCACAGCAAGCCCUCGUAGAGCGACUACAACCCUUCACCAUUCUAUCCAGCAUGCGCGAGCGCACUCCCUUCUCCGGCAACAUCUUACGACAAUUACCCAACCUGAAACUCCUAUUAACCACCGGAACUCAAUUCGAAACAUUCGACCUGGCAACCGCCUCCGACCUCGGGAUCGCCGUUGCCGCGGCCCCGGGGAGGGGUCGUACGGACGGGAAGCAACCCUCCGGAGAUUGGCCAGUGCGACCGAAGCUCGAUAUCAAAAAGGGAGGGAGCCACCCAACCACGCAGCACGCAUGGGCUUUAAUUCUCGCGCUAGCCCGAAACGUAGCUGCCGACGACGCCGCGAUGAAAGGAGCGACCCGGGCUUGGCAGUCGAAAUUAGCUCUGGGCCUAACGGGCGCUACGCUCGGUGUUGUCGGACUCGGGAGGCUCGGCGCGGCAGUUGCGCGGGUCGGGAGUUUGGCUUGGGGUAUGCGCGUGCUUUGUUGGAGUGAGAAUUUAACCCAGGAGAAGGCCGAUCGCAAGGCCCAGGAGAUGGGGUUACCAACGCGUGGGGGCAAUCCGUUGGAUCCUAAUGCGCCGACUUUUGAGGCUGUGAGUAAGGAGGAGUUGUUUAGGAAUGCGGACGUGGUGAGCUUGCAUUAUGUGUUGAGUGAGCGAUCGCGGGGAAUUGUGGGUGCGCCAGAGUUGGAAAAGAUGAAGAAUUCUGCGCUUUUAGUAAAUACAUCGAGGGGUCCGUUGGUUGACGAUGCGGCGCUAUAUGAUGCACUCGAUAACGGACGAAUUGGAGGUGCGGCGCUGGAUGUGUUCGACAUUGAACCCUUACCGACGGAUAAUCCUUGGCGAUCGACGAAGUGGGGGACUCAGGGGAGAAGUAACUUGAUUAUCACGCCGCAUAUGGGAUAUGUCGAGGACGGCAUCAUGCAUACCUGGUAUGAAGAAACAGCGGAAAACCUGGAAAGGUGGCUCCAUGGGGAGGAGCUUCUUAACCGAUUGAAUUGAUGAGGAGUUUUGGUAUUUCCUUUCGAACUUACACGCUACCUACCUAGGUAUAUAACAGCCAUCAUCGUAUACCUACCAGCAAUUCUUAAAAAGAAGGCCAAUUACCUCCAAUGAUUCGUCAACUAAUUGCCUAUUUCGCCCUCUACGUUACGCGGCAGCUCUUGGCAGGCAAUCAUAAAGACUACUCGUGCAACUUAGGAAACUGUCUUCGGACUAAUGCUACCAGGAUUUAAAUACCUAAUCUACCUAAGUACAGCUACUUUCUUAAAUAACCGAAACUAUGGUUCGCAAACUGAUUCCCACCUUACUAGAAGAAUGAUGUUGCAGCACAGCGCUUAGCGCUUAGGAAGGGUAGCAUUGCAGCUUUCCUGAGGGAGGAUGCGUAGAGACGCGAUUACCAACAUGAUAGUUACACCGCCUGAUAGUAAAGCGAGGAAACCGGCCUUGUAGCGGUAUAGGUACGAUUAGACGGGUUGCUUAGGGGGCGAGCACAUGAUGGCCUAGGAAAAGGGUAAUUCACGAGGAUCUGCUGUUUGAGGUUAGAUUCACGAUGCAGAAGGGAUACAGACAUAGUACAAAGCAUGUCAUAAAUUGAGAAGAGACUUAGUUGUCGAUAAUAAAAAAUUG